AUGGCUUCUCCUUCGAGAGAUUCCUUCAAUAUCCCCAGGGCUGACUCCCCGUUCCGACAAUAUGGCACCUCUCUCCCCCGAGCAGACGCCACCGCCAGAUUGGCUUCGCCUGUGCCCUCGGCUCAGUACGGUACUCCCCAAACAAACCGCAUUCCCAGCCAAGGAGCAAAUAGAUCAGGCGAAAACGGAGAGUCUGGGAGCCUCACCCCUCUAGCUGGAGCUGCUGGUUCGAGCGUCCAAGGUCCUGGCGUCUCGGCUUUGGCAGCAGCGCUGUCCAACUCUCUAGGAACCUCUCCACCGAGACACGGCACACCACCAGUUCGUUCUGGUACCCCUCCUCCAAGACCCCUCUCUCCCGCUGCUGCUGGUGCCCAGCUGUCAAGCACUCCCAUGACGAACUACGGCUCGUUCGACUCCCGCUCACGCGGAGCUGCUACCGGUGCCUACGAAGACCCCGAAAUCGUCAAGAGGCAUUUGGUACAACCUUCGGACGCUCCCUCGGAAGAGUCGAGCAUGCGUGAUGGAGUUAAGGGGAAGCAGACUGCCGACAACGAACUCGAGACCGGACUGAACGAGGACGAAUUCUCAAGCUUGCAGUUGCAGGGCGGUGACGUUACGCGAGGUAUCUACAAGUGGACUGAAGAUGCGGAAUCUCGGAGCAAAGUCCAGCGCAGCAAGAGCUUCAGCGUUUCUCGACCGGAUCCCGAAACCGAUAUUCUUGACAUUAAUGCUAUCAAGGUCCCGGGUGGGUUCCGUCGCAACUAUCUGCGCAGAGCGGCCAGGAGUCCUUCCACGGUCCGAGACGGUGGUGAACGGGGCGAGCCUAGCAAUGGCGGUGCUCAGCCACGGUUGCUCACUUCAAGCUUCCUCGAGUUUCUUACCAUCUACGGCCACUUCGCUGGCGAGGAGUUGGAGGAAGACGACGAAGCGCUCAUGCCUGGCGAAUACUUUGGGUCUGGUGGAGAGGACGACUACUACGACAGCGACGAGGGUAGCGAAGACGACCGGGAACCGAUGGAGGAUAGCGCGCUUCUCACGCCGUCGCGUCAUAAGAGGAGAAGGAAGCAGCGGGGAGGAAGUGGAAAGAACAGCCCAAUGAGUGCCGCGCUGUUGCUCCUCAAGUCGUUCGUGGGAACUGGUGUUCUCUUCCUUCCCAGAGCUUACCUGAACGGUGGUAUGCACUUUAGCAACCUGGUGCUAUUGGGUGUGGCCGCUCUGAGCUAUUACUGCUUCGUGCUUCUGGUCACCACUCGUCUCAAGGUCGAGGGCUCGUUUGGUGACCUUGGUGGCAUUCUCUACGGUAAAUGGAUGCGAGGUAUUAUCCUCUUCUCCAUUGUUCUGAGCCAGAUUGGAUUUGUCGCCGCGUACAUGGUUUUCACAUCAGAAAAUCUACAAGCCUUCCUCUUGGCGGUCUCUGACUGUAAGACCAACGUAGGCGUCAAGUGGUUGAUUCUCCUGCAGGUGCUUGUAUUCCUACCCUUCUCACUGCUCCGAGACAUUGAGAAGCUGAGUUUUACUGCCCUGAUUGCGGACGCCUUCAUUCUGCUCGGCCUGGCUUACCUGCUGUACUACGACAUCUUCACCUUGAGCACCAGUGGUCUGGCCGACAUUGUCUACUUCAACCGCAACGACUGGACAUUGUUCAUCGGCACAGCCAUAUUUACGUUCGAGGGCAUAGGUCUCAUCAUUCCCAUCCAGGAGUCGAUGAAGAAUCCCAGCAAGUUCCCUCGGGUCAUGUUCGCCGUCAUGAUCAUCAUCUCCGUCCUUUUUAUUGGCAUGGGUGCCAUCUCCUAUGCCGCCUAUGGAUCCAAGACGGAGACUGUUGUUCUCUUGAACUUGCCCCAAGACAGCAAGCUGGUCAACAGCGUGCAGUUCCUGUACUCUGUUGCCAUCAUGCUGUCUAUUCCGCUGCAGCUCUUCCCCGCCAUCAAGAUCACGGAGAAUGCCUUGUUCACGAAGAGUGGCAAGUACAACCCGUACAUCAAGUGGCAGAAGAACAUGUACCGCUUCUUCUUCGUCUUCCUGUGUGCUUUCAUCGCGUGGGGUGGCGCGGAUGAUUUGGACAAGUUUGUGGCCCUCGUCGGCAACUUCGCAUGCAUUCCCCUUGUCUACAUCUAUCCGCCUCUUUUGCACUACAAGGCGGUCGCGAGAAACAGGUGGUGGAAGAUUUCGGAUAUUUGCCUCUGUAUCUUUGGUGUUGUCGCCAUGGGCUACACGACUGCCAUUACCGUCUACAGCUGGGCGAGCGGCUCCACCGAACCCAGUACUCCCGGUUUCGAGCUUUUCCUCCUCGCCGAUGGCGAAAAGAAGAUCGAGGAGAAGGUAUUCUCCGGAAUGUCCAACACCUCCGACUUCAUUCUUAAGAAGGAAGACCAUACUCUGGGCAACCUUCUUUCGGAGCACCUGAAGCAGCACAAGAACGUCCUUAUGGCCGGCUACAAGAUCGCUCACCCUAACGUGCCUGAACUCUUUAUUCGCGUCCAGACGGACGGCACCAUCACGCCCAAAGAAGCCCUGGUCCAAGUCAUCAAGCGCCUCAUGCAGGACUUCUCCCACCUCAGCCAGGAGUUCACCCGAGAGUUCGAGCUGCGCCGCAUGGUCGAGGCCGGCCGGUCUAAUGCACAGGGCCAGUAA